AUGCGAGUACGGUCGUUAACUAGUCAAGGAGACCUUCUGGUUUGUGUAGUUUUGUCCCCGAUUUGCAACUACCUCAUUGUACAUCCACUCUCCCACAUCUGCGCGCUGGAUGGUGUAUCCUACAGCCGGCUUAUCAUCGGUUCCCACCCUGAGAGUCUUCCAUCCCUUUCCGGUGGCGAUGUUAUAAUCUCCCGUCAAGAGCGAAGGUCGAACCGACAUGACACCGCGGAACACUCGAGAAGUAGGCGUGGGAUCAGCAACAGCGCUGAAUAUAGCCUCCUCCAUCUUCAGUUUAUCUUUGUGGGGAACAGCGAGGAAAUAAUGGUAUAG